AUGGAGAAGCCGGGCGCUGCCCCCGCGGCGGCGGCGGCCGGGCCGCAGCGGGGGCCGGUGCUGCACAUCGUGGUGGUGGGCUUCCACCACAAGAAGGGCUGCCAGGUUGAAUUUUCCUAUCCUCCUCUAAUGCCUGGAGAAGGACAUGACAGCCACAGUUUACCAGAAGAAUGGAAAUAUUUGCCAUUUCUUGCUUUACCAGAUGGCGCUCACAACUAUCAAGAAGAUACAGUGUUUUUCCACUUGCCUCCAAGAUGUGGGGAUCGAACCACAGUAUAUGGUGUUUCUUGCUAUAGGCAGAUUGAAGCCAAGGCAUUAAAAGUACGGCAAGCAGACAUCACCCGAGAAACAGUACAGAAAAGCGUCUGUGUUCUCAGUCAGCUGCCUUUGUAUGGGCUACUUCAGGCAAAGCUGCAACUCAUUACACACGCGUAUUUUGAAGAAAAAGACUUCUCACAAAUUUCAAUUCUAAAGGAACUCUAUGAGCAUAUGAAUAGCUCUUUGGGAGGAACUUUGCUGGAAGGGUCACAAGUUUAUCUUGGUCUGUCUCCUCGGGAUCUUGUUCUUCACUUUAGACACAAGGUCUUGAUCCUUUUUAAAUUGAUUCUUCUAGAGAAAAAGGUGCUGUUUUACAUUUCUCCAGUAAAUAGAUUGGUGGGAGCUCUAAUGACUGUCUUGUCACUCUUUCCUGGUAUGAUUGAACAUGGCCUUACUGACUGCUCACAAUACAGACCAAGAAAGAGCAUAUCGGAGGAUGCUGGCUUGCAGGAAAUCACUCCACGGUUAGAUGACUGUGUUUCUGUGUCUGCUGCUGAUAUUUCAAACACAAACUUGGGAAUGGGAAAGAGAGGCAGAAAGAUGGCAGGAGACCAUUUGCUGGAAGGUCAAAAAGCAAAUGUGCCUUUUUCCCAGUCAGAGAAGACUUGCAAUGGAGCUCAGUCCUCCAAUGGCACUGUACAGCGCUUGAAAGUUCCUUUCCGCGCUUCUCCAGAGUCUUCUGAAAGUGAUUGGGAGACCUUAGAUCCUAGCAUUUUGGAGGAGUCUAAUUUGAAAGGAGAACGUGAAGAUAAAGCCUCCGAACAGGCUGAAAGUCUACUGAAAGAGGGCAUCCGCUCAGAAAGCCUUCCAAUCACUGUGCAGCCCCAGGCAAAUACAGGACAUGCGGUGCUUGUUCCAGGACUGAUAUCUGGGUUGGAAGAGGACCAGUAUGGUAUGCCGCUGGCUAUUUUUACAAAGGGAUACCUCUGUUUGCCGUAUAUGGCACUACAGCAACAUCAUCUCCUCUCAGACGUAACAGUCCGAGGCUUUGUCGCUGGAGCCACCAACAUCCUGUUCCGUCAGCAGAAACAUCUGAGCGAUGCAAUUGUAGAAAUAGAAGAUGCUCAUGUACAAAUCCAUGAUCCAGAACUCCGUAAGAUCCUGAACCCUACAACUGCUGACCUGAGAUUUGCUGAUUACUUGGUGAAGCAUGUGACUGAAAACAGAGAUGAUGUUUUCCUUGAUGGCACUGGUUGGGAGGGAGGAGAUGAGUGGAUCAGGGCUCAGUUUACUGCUUAUCUUCAUGCGCUGCUUGCUGCUGUGCUACAACCAGACAAUGAAAAGACUUUGUCAGACUUUGGAACAGCAUUUGUAGCAGCCUGGAAAAAUACACACAACUACAGAGUAUGGAACAGCAACAAGCAUCCAGCUCUUGCAGAGGUAAAUUCUAGCCAUCCAUUCCAGGGACAAUACUCUGUGUCAGAUGUUAAGUUAAGAUUGUCACACUCGGUGCAAAAUAGUGAACGUGGAAAGAAGAUUGGAAAUGUGAUGGUUUCCACUAGCCGAAAUGUUGUACAGACAGGAAAAGCUGUAGGUCAGUCGGUUGGAGGAGCCUUGACAAGUGCAAAGUCAGCCAUGUCAUCAUGGUUUUCCACUUUUACGCAGUCAACGCAAAACCUUGGAGACUAAGCAAUGCUACUGCACAGUGCUGCUGAAUAUUUCAGGUGCAGUGGCUUCUCUGAGCUGUAAAAGACUACUUAAAAAUGUAGGAGUGGAGACUAACAGACCAGGACCAAAAUGAGGCAUAUGUUGCUUGCAAACAGAUGUGGAAUGUUAUCAUUCAUGUAUAGAAGAAUGGUGAGUGUCUCCAUACAGUGGGAUGGCAUUUGCAACGUAUUGGUUUAAAAUGACUGCUUUUCUUUAAAUCUGAGCCUUUAUAAAGACAUUAGCAAACAGGGCUUGUUGCAAGCCAAAUGUGUUUAACUUCAGAUUUGUACAUUUUCUUGGUUGUUGGAGAUAUUUAUGUAAAUUAGUUAUAUUUUUCAAUUCAGAUAGCCAAAUGUUUGUGAAUUCUUGUUAGAAAUAACCAGAGUAUGAAUACUGAUUUCUCCUUCAGGUUAGAUUUGAGAGCAUUUCUGCAAGAAGUAUAUGGUGGGAACCCUUAAAAGGUUCCAAGUCAGGUGGAACCUUCUCACUUUCACCUGCAAAUUAAAAUCAGGAUGGUGCAAAGUGACACUGUGGCUGACUUGAGAUUUUUCUUUCUUUUUCUCCUGUGUAGCCAUAUACAGUUGUUAGAUUAAUCUAUCUCUAACUCUUUGUGUCUGCAAAUCUGUGUGACAAUUGUGAAAUCAGUAUUUUCUUGAUGUUAUGCAGUAGGCCUCACUAACUUUACGUGCAUUUCAGCUGUAUUUUACCCUGGGACAUGAGUAGGAUUCUGGUUAGAGAGACCUCUUCAGAAAAAGUAUUUAGAAAAACAAUUCUCCCAAAUUGGGAUAGAAUCAUCUAUUAGGAUGUAAUUACACCAUAAAUGUAACUACAUGCAUAUGAAUACAAAGUAUUAAAAUUACCUAAAACUAGCACAGUAGCAAACUGAACAUUUUUAGUGCCAGUAAAGUUGUGAAGACUCUUUCAAAUGAAAAUCGGCUGUAUAGCUUUUAUGUGUCUACUCAGGGAAUGUUCUAUUCAGAUAACUAAUUUUUUCAUAAGGAAAGGAUUAUCAGAGUGGAGAGAGUAACUGGAACAGUUCAGUUCAUAUCCAUGUGUGAAGAAAUACAAUAAUUUUUAUGAAAAGAUGUGGCAUAAUGCUGUAUUUCAUAUAUAAGUGCAUAUAUACAGUGUCUUCUGUAUGCAAUUAUGUUCUACUUCAUAUAUUUCCUGCUUCUGAAACAGAUUAUUUCCUGUUUCUUGAAGUGUAUUCCUCUGUAUGCCUUCUAACAUCCCCAUGUGGUAGCAGUUACUGCUUUCUACAUUACGUUAGCAAAUAUUCCAGCUUUAUGCACUAAAAGACACUGUUAGUUUAUUGUCUCAUUGGUAUCUGUCAGCUUUUUGCCACACACUUUUCUGGGGCCAAGAUUUCAAGUCAUAGUUACUUAUUCUAUUCCUCGAACAAAAUAUAGCAGUGUACAAGAAGUAACUAGGAAGAUCCUAAUGUAACUUGCUUUAAGAAAUUUGCUUCUAGCUUCUUUAGGUGUGUUUGAAAAGUUGUUUGAAAAAACAAAUUUGUAUCAAGUAUUUACUAUCCAACAACUUAAUUUUCAGCUUUAUUGCUUCAAAAGACGAUUUGAAAUUGAAAACGUAACAUCUCUUUUAAAGCCUUCAUUAUUUUUUCCAAGGCAAACUACAGAUAGAAAAGCCAUGGAAAACCUGAAAGUAUACUGCUGGUCUAAAUAGUUUUACUUGAAAAGGGCAAAUAAUGCCUCUAAAAAGUGCUACUAGUCUACUGCUUCUGACAUUAAAUUAAAAUGUACCUGUAGAAGUAUAACUAUUGCUUUUGGUCUCUGUGUAUAUAUAUGUAUCUUCUAAAAUGGCUGAUGCUCUUUUCUGUUCUAUUCCACAACUCUGUAACAGACAUUUAUAUCUUCUUACAGACUAAGAAAUACUUGAUAUGCAGAAAGAGCUCUGGUGAAAUCAGAAUAGGGAUUCAAUUAGUCGUGAUGAUUCUAGAGCAUUCUGAUUCAGCAUGCAGAUAAGAAAAUAAUUACUUGCUUUUGUGAAAUAGUUACUUUGUAUUAUCUGCUGGCUGGAUUUUAGGUGAUCAGGCUUCAUGUUGUAGUGAAGAUUGAAUAUGGCCUAAAGGAUUUAAGCACUUACGAAAUUAACCUCAGCAACCUAAGGCACACUAGGUGAGUCUAGGCUUAGGAGCUCGUGAUGGUGAGUUCCAAGAACUAGGCAAGUAGUUGGGAUUUACAGGUACAAGGUAAAGUAACAGAGACUUGCGGGGUCAUGUUUUUUAAUAUCCUUGCUUCUGUCACCUGUUCACCUUAAUUCCUUCUGUAGAAUUCCCCUCUGCCCGAAAGCUGUAUAGCUGAUUUGUUAGUUCAUUGCAUUCCCCUUGCUCCCACAAACUCCCUCACUGGCCCGGGGAUUUUGGAAACAUCAGGAUUGCUCAGAUUCGUCUGAGGAAAGGCAGAAUGAGGAGCCCUCUGCAGUGCUCAGCAGAUGCCUAGCUGCUGCCUCUUUUGUGUGGGGAGUCUGUUACGAUGUUUCAUAGUGCUCACACAGGCAGGAAGACCAGACAGAUCCUUCAGCAGUCGCUUUCCUACUCUCCCAGCUGUCUCUGUUGCAGAGACAAACAUAUGCAGCCUGACAAAAGAGUGUUUUCCUUUAUCUACAUUUCACAAAUGCUAGACUAAGAAACUUGUAUUAGUUUUCUUUUUAAGAAUCAGCUUGCUGCUAGCAAGUUGGACUGCGAUGUAAACUCAUGCUAUUGCAGUGGAUGGAGGCGAAAUGUUCCUCGCAAUGGGUGAUCCUCAUUAAUGCAUAUGCUUGCUCUUUGGGCUAUGCUGGGCAUGCAGCCGCUGAGAUUAGUAGAAGCUCUUACAGUUCUCUUCUUGCUUUAAUUGUUGUAACCUCUCUAGAUGAAGAGAAAUGCCUAUUACUUUCUUCUCCUCUCCUCCUCUCCUGUCUGUUUUUAAAUUUGCAAUACAAGCAUUAUUACUUAUCCUUAAAGAUUAAUGCAACUGAACUUCCAUUUCAAAGACCCUGACAUCUGUUUCUGCACUGCAAGGAUUGUGGAGUCCUAAAUAAAUUGGUGACAUUGCCUGUGAAGACUAAGCGUUGAAAUAAUUGUUACACCUCAGUCAUGUUGCGUGUUGCAAAGGUAUUUCUGGCUGUCACUAUACAGUUCUGAUUUACUGUUAGUACAAUAGUACCUCUUUUUCUCCUGACUCUCUGGAGUGAAAAGCAUCAGCUUCUGCUUUUUCUGUGUGCCAGGGUUUGGGGAAUUGCCUAUUGAGUGUAGAUACAUAUAAGACCUAGGUCCUCAAAACCAACAAGACGAAGUAUGGGUGACCUAAUAUUUGAUUGGACUGAAAUGUUCAGUAGUUUUCAUUAAUCAUUUUAAUGUCAUAACCUUAAUUCCUCUGCACACCAGACACCAGUUUUCUCAAAUGUUAUGUAUCACAAGCAUCAUUUUUAGAUCAGUGUUCUAAUAAAUUGCACUUGUUUAACCUUAUACAUCUGUUUCAAGCACCUUUGUAAUUAAAUUUAGUAUUUUGCCUAAACAGGCUUCCUAUUUCCAUGGAAAUUAUUACCAAGCACAGAAGCUAAUGUGGCAGUAUUUAAUUGUGAAAGUGAAGGUGUAAAUGCCGGUUUUAACUAUAGAAACUGUUAUUUGGUAAAUGAUCAUACAAGUAAUGUACUUGAUUUCUUUUGUGCUGCUUGAAAAUAAAUACAUCCAGCCUGUUCAAAGUUCUGUCUGCUCAAGAAGAUGUUUUAUUUUAAGAAGUUAAUACCACUAGAAGAAACUGUAGGUAUCUAGUUUUAGUACUGGUAGCUGUUUGUAAUACAUGGUCAGUCUUUUUGAAACUUGUGUUCCAUUUAAACUCGCUAUGGAUUUGCUUUUGCAAAUUUAUGACAAACAGAUCAUGUAGUUUAACUAUUUUUUUCCGUAACUAAGAUUUCCCAUUAGGUACUGUUCAUUGUGAAAUAGUAAGUCUUCAGUAGGUGAUGGACUUCUCAUACAUCAGUAAGAACUUUAGAUAAAACUAUAGAACUUUUGAAUUGGAUUAAACAUCAAAAUAAUAUACAAUUAAUAUGAAUUGUGGCAUCUAGCCAAAAUCAGGAUGUUGAGUAAAUUAAUUACAUAUCUAGCUCUCUGCAAUAGUGAGCUAUACAUCAAAGAUUUAUUUUAAAACUCUUACUCUAUUUUUGCCACCAUAACUGGCUGAGAAUGAUUUGAUAAAUCACUCUUUCCAGUAGGAAGAAACUUACUUCCUUGUAUAAUAUUCAAAUGUGAAUCAGAGCUUAUAUUUUGAAAAAAAAUGGUUGCGUUUGUCUACUGUUCUGAUUGUAUGCAAGUCAUUGUUUAAAGACUUUGAAAAACAAACUUGCAUUGUAUCAUUCACAUGAUGUAAUUUUGCUUUCUCGCAGGUAUUUAGUUUUUGUUUUAAAAGGGCAACAUGCAGAGUAUUCAUUAAAGGCAGAAACAUUGCAUUACUGUAAUGUGAUUAAAGGUUUAUGGAGAGCUUCUUCAUGGUGGUUUGAAUCUUUAAUGCUGUAGUGGAAGAGAGACUGACUUAAAAAGAACAGCCACAGAGCUUUAGUUCUGACAGUUUUACGGUCUUGACCCCAUUCUUUAUCAAACAUGAGAAGUAUUGUUUGGACUUGUAAAACAAUUUGCGGAUGUGUUACAACUAUCAGUGUCAUUAAAAUGGUUAAUUUUAUUCUGAUUACUUCAUUCCCUGUAAAGUGAUGUGAUACAUCUGAAUAGCUUCUGUACAAACACAGCUUAAUCUCUGCUGUGAGAGGACUUGGAAGUCUAGCUAGCUUCUUGAGUACCUUACUUCUGUGUGUGUUCAAAAUAAAAUCAUUGCUUAAUCAUA